GCUGUUCGGCAGCGGAGGAGGCGCAGUGGCUGCUGCAGUGGUAGCGGCCUGAGCCCACUCAGGGAGGAGACUGAGGGCUGGGCGGGGCAGGACGGCGCCCCGGCCGGCAGGUCACUCCAGACCUCGCGUCCACCUGUCCGCUUGAUCUCGCUCCUGCGGGUCAACAGGGCCUGCGUCAGCCCGGCCCAUGGCGGCGUCGGCGGCUUUGUCGGCGGCCGCGGCGGCGGCGGCCCUGUCGGGCCUGGCAGUGAGGCUGUCGCGCUCGGCCGCGGCCCGCACUUCUUACGGCACCUUCUGCAAGGGGCUCACGCGCACGCUGCUCACCUUCUUCGACCUGGCCUGGCGGCUGCGCAUGAACUUCCCCUACUUCUACGUCGUGGCCUCCGUGAUGCUCAACGUCCGCCUGCAGGUGCGGAUCGAGUGAGCGCCGGUGGCCACCGCGGCCGGUCCGGAGCGUCCCGCGGCCGCACGCCCGCGACGAGCAGGGCCGCCGGCAUGGAGGACGGCGGGGCCGCCCGGGUCACCCAGACGCGGCCGGGGUGAGAGGCGGGACGGCCCAGGCGCCCGGACCCUAGACCUUCGCGGGAGGGCGCCGGCCACCGAGCCCCGAGGCCAGCGAGCCCCGGACCCAGCCGUGACCCGCCCACACACGUCGCGGCCGGCGCCGGAUUGCACAGAAACUCACAAAACGGGCCCUUUCCCUCGGGCUCGAGAAAAUUAUCUGAGUGCGGCUGACCUGUUGCCUCACAUGGGCCGAAGAGGGAAACCGGAAAGAAGAAAUUGUGCUGCCGGGACUUGCUUUGACUGGCCCUGACUGAAAAGGACCUGGUGUUUGUAGGUCACCACCUGGUGUUUGCGACUCACCCCUUCUCUAGCCUCAUCGGGAGCCAAAUCUGCCCAGCUAGCUGCCUGUGAGCAGCUGAGUGAGGGACCUGACCAAGGAGGAGAUGAAGAGCCUUCCAGGCUCCGGCCCCCAUGCCCACGAUCACAUGGGAGACUGUCCUCUAGAUGGGCUUGGAUUGGUCCUCGAGGCCCAGAGUGUGCCGCUGACCGGCACACCAACCAGCAUACCAGGAUGCCAGGAGCAGCCCAGAGGGGAGCCAGCGGAGACCCUGGCCCUCACCACCGUCUGCUCUGACACUGGUUGCUCCCGGCCCAAGUACUCAGAGUUCCUGGGACUGAAAACCGCAGUAGUCUGGUCAGCACCAGGCACAGAGUGGCCCAGUCUCACAGCAUCAGCGCUCCUCAGCUGCCCAGCUGGAGCCCAGGUCCAAGGUGAAGAUCACCUGCCUCACCCUGGGAACUGAGACUGGACCGAGGCCACCACGUGCCCCCUGCAGUUGCCCACAGACAGGGCCUGAUGGCUUCCUUCCUUGUGCCAAGUCUCCCGGGCGCCCCCAGUCCUGGUGGUCCCACCUCCACUCCAACCCUGUCCACCCUGGACUACUUCUGGUAGCCUGCCAGCAUGCCAGCUCCGUCCAGAAAUCUCUGGGGACAGCCUCGGAGCAAGGAGAGCAGCACAGGCUGCACGAAAGGGGAGGAGGACGAGGGUGCUCCUGGGGGCUGAUACACCCUCUGGGGGACUGGAUCCCCAGCUCCAGCCUCUUCCUGGGCCAGGCAGGGAGGAGGGAGGCCUGAGAUGGGCUGGAGGGAGGCUCCUCACUGAUUGUCCGGGUCCCACAGGCAGAAAUGUGUGUAAGCCUCAGGGGCCCUUGGCCUCAGGGACCUGCUCCCCUGCAGAGAAGCUCCACCCCAUACAGAGGGGCACUGGAAGUGGCUCUGGGUGGAGCUGGCUGUGGCUGUGUCUGCUCCAAGGGAAUGGCUGGGGGACGGGCCAGGGACUGGUCCUCAGCCUCUGUUCCUGCCACUGCUUUUUGUACCGUUCUGGCCUUGACUAGUGAGCUGCUUCUGCUUUCCCACCUCCCCUCACCCCCCACUGGGCCCUGGCCACCGGAUGGGCUCUCAAUGCACUUUAUUUAUUUGCAAGUCUGUUUUCCAGGCAGCGGAACUUCUACAAAAUCAGAGACACCGACUCAAAUAAGUUGACUUUCACUUUUCUGCGUGUGUUAACUACUGGUCAGCACAAUCUGGUCAGAAAGAUGUUCUUGUUUCUGGUGUUAUCAAGUUUUGUUGUCUCUCUAAGUUAAAAAAGAAAAGUCCUUGAGUUCAAUAAAGUCAAAUAAAACUGGA